CCUUACUAACGACCCAGCUCAACAGCACAAAUCUCCGCGAGGCACCAGGGCCUAGAGGUUUGUUCACGAGCUGAUUGUUUUCUUGUUCAUUUUCAUUCUGCGGUGACGGUUCGGAUACGAUGUCGUCCUUCGAGCAGGUGGUCGUCAUUGACGGCAAGGGUCACCUCCUUGGCCGUCUGGCCUCCAUUGUCGCCAAGCAACUCCUCAACGGCCAGAAGAUUGUCAUCGUCCGCGCCGAGGCCCUGAACAUCUCCGGCGAGUUCUUCCGCGCCAAGCUCAAGUACCACGCCUACCUGCGCAAGGCCACUCGAUUCAACCCGACACGCGGUGGUCCCUUCCACUUCCGUGCUCCUUCCCGAAUCUUCUACAAGGCUGUCCGCGGCAUGAUGCCCCACAAGACUGCUCGCGGUGCCGCCGCCCUUGAGCGCCUCAAGGUGUUCGAGGGUGUCCCUCCCCCCUACGACAAGCAGAAGAAGAUGGUUGUUCCCCAGGCUCUCCGCGUUCUUCGGCUGCAGCCCGGCCGCAAGUACUGCACUGUCGGCCGUCUCAGCCACGAGGUCGGCUGGAAGUACCAGGAUGUUGUCGCGAGACUGGAGGAGCGUCGCAAGGCCAAGGGUGCUGCUUACUACGAGCGCAAGAAGGUGGCCCAGCGACAAUUGGCCGAUGCCAAGAAGAGCGCCAAGGUGGACGAGAGCACGGCGAAGGCCCUCGAGUCCUUCGGCUACUAGACUCCCACUCCCCCCCCGACGCGAAUCUUUUUCGACAACAAACCCCAAAAGAACAUUGGCCCUCCCCAUCCCGCGGCCGGUUUC